AUGAAAGUUAUCACACUGCAACCUGGCCGAGGGGAGCCCACAGCGGCAGACCGUGAGGAGCUCCUGUCACUGUUUGAUGUGGUUGCCAAGGGAACCAUCCCCAUCAAGCUGCUGUACUUCAUGCACUACCUGCUGCAGUACAAGGAGUCGGACUCAUGCCCCUUCCUCUACAACGACUGCUGGUUCUACAUAGAGACACAGAAGUUCAAGCAUCUGCAGGAGUCUGCUGCAGACAGUCUGGUAAAACAGAAGCUGCAGGUCAUCAUGCAGUGUUUCAUCGAGUCACAGGCAGAGCCUCAACUUCAGAUUGACAUCCCUCUGGACCAGGUGUCCAAAAUGCAAUACAAAGUGUACAACUAUGUGCACAACAAGGGGAAGGAUGCCCACUCCCCGGACCUGUUUGAUGAGUCCCAGAAGACAGUGUUCACAGAACUGUUACCCUACUGGGCCGGCUUUAACAAGCAGUAUGAACCUCCCAAGUCAGCUGGCAAGGGAAAACCAGUGACCCACAUUCACAAGCUGCUACAGCGACGACUGGAAAAGUUCAAGUCUGCCAAGCUGCCGCCUCUGGACAUGACGGUGCCUGACAAGGGUGACCGAGAGUCCUUCGGAAUCAGCGCUUUCAGUUUCUCCAUAAGUGAGGGGUUACAGUGGAAGUUUGAAGACAUAGACCUGUUGUCGGAGAGUGACAGUGAUGAUGACUCCGUCGGCACAGGAAAGAAAGUCACGUGGAUGCUGCCAGAUCUUGUUGAAUGAACGCAGCCUGGGAGAUGUUGAGUUAAAGGGCUUUCCUACAGAAGAUACAUUUUCUAUUAGCCAACUAAAAGAUGUGACACUCUACAGGCCAACACAUGACCAACUUGAAUCAGUUGAUUCUUUUCUAGUAAAAAUGGUGUUGUACAUAAUGUGAUAGUAGACAGUACACAGGUUGAUCUCAAGUUCAAUUUUUAACAUAUCAAGAAAAACUUCAAACUGAAUUAAUAAAGAAUCUUAGAUAGAGAAACUUAUUGCAAAGAGAAGAAAUACAUUAUUAUUAUAUAAUAGUUCUACAUGUUACAUGUGAUACCAACUUGGUGAUUAACUUAUGCAAUGUUGUGACUUUCUUACAAAACUCUAUAUGCCUUUUAGGUGUCAAUGUGUAAAAUAAAUUAGCUACAUGCUGCAAAAAUUGUGCCAUUUCCUCUCUUUAAAAACCGAAAUGUAUAAAGACAAAGGAACAUAUUUUUGUGGAAGUUAGAUUGGCGUGUAUAAUGUUGAUAUCCUCUGAUUUUACCAAUUAUUGUGCAUAUCAUAUUUUUUUCACUGUGUUUGUGUUUUUUUGUUUGAGAGAGAUUUCAAUCCGAUAUUUUGUAAUCUAUGGAGACUUUGCAUGACAAUAUAAUGUUAUAGUUACUUAGAAGUUUGACAAACUGCUAAACUGCUAAUUCCGUCCAAUCUCCUAUUUGCUUUUGUACUUAAAGUAUAUAAUAUAGUGUGCGCUUUGUUGAAUUGUUUAAAAUCUGAGCUAUGCCAGUGAUCAUGCCAAAUUAAUUAUGAAUAUUCAUGUUUUCUUAAUAAUCUUUAUUUGAUAAAAUGCUGCAAUCUGCUGUGAUUGAUUAAUAUUUAUACUAGACUUUUUACAGAGUUAUUAGCUCAUUUGUGGAUCUAUACUAUUUGUGCAACAACAAUGCUGAGAGUAGAUAUUAUAUUUUGUGCAAUGUUUGAACUUGCUAUCUUUUACAUAAUAAUAUUAAUACUGUAGAAUCCCAAAUUUAAAUGUUACCAAAUGUUGACCAUUGAGAUUAGCCCACUGCUGCUAGCUUUGGGACCUACUAGUAUUUUGAGAAGAGGUUCUGAAGAAUAUGAGAAUAAAAUGUGAU